AUGCAGUUCUCCAUCCUCAAGAUCGCUGUCGCCACUCUGGCUGUCUGCACAGACUUGGCCCUGGCUCAGACUCUUGUCGCCAGUCCCGCGCAGGUCGCCAGCAGCUUGCAGAUGCUCGCUGACAAGACGCAGAGCCUGCAGGGCCCGGCGCUUGCUCUCGACGUCUUCCAAGGAGCCGGCCUGCUUUUCGGGCAGGGAAAGUUGGUGCCCGUAGUCGCAGGCAUCGCCGAGCUUACCAGCAUGGCCAGUACGCUCCAGAGCCAAUGGAACAAUGUCCAGGUAACGGAGGCUGCCGACGUCGACAACAUUGCCAAUGCCUUCCGCGAUUUGGUCCGCCAACAACAGACUUUCCUCAACACUCUGUCCAGCAAGGCUGGCCUCGCCAGCACUUUCCCCCUUAUUGGCGGGCCUAUGUCCACUGCCCUCCAACAACUUAAUUCUGUUCUCGGCGCCCUCGGCUUUAGCACGCUCAGCAUGGUCUCCUCGCGCGCCACCGAUCUGCAGUCGCAAAUCACCACCCUCAACCAAGCCAUGGACCGCGCCAUCGCCGCCUACUCGGGUAUCAACCUCGCCAACAAGAAGCGCAGCAUCAGCCGCCGUGACGCAUUCCGCGCCUCUAUCCGCGCUUAA